AUGUCCGAAAUCGCAGAAAACUUGGGAAUCAACACUCCGAACCAGUCUGUGCACGGAGAGACUCACGGCGAUCAAUCGCAGAAGCAAUCUCAAACCGACAAGGAGCUUGCUUUGCGCCUUUCUUCGCUCAUCGAGGAUGCCAACUCUCGAGUCACACCGUUGUGCCGCAUGAUUCGAAAGAACAUUGAAAACUUUGAAUCGCAAAAGGAAGACGACCGCGACGAGCAGGCGCUGGUCAAGCAGGUUCGCCCACUCCUUGAGCAAGCGGAGAAGAUCUUAAACGAGACCAACGGCGCCGUCAGAGGUGCAGACCCCGACAACCGUCUCUCUAACAAUGCCAAACGCAACAUGCAAGACCACAAAGCUACGCCAGAGGAACAACGCCUUGCUGAAGCUCUCAAAGUGAUGGUUGAAGAAGUCGGAGGAACGAUCGAAUGGGCUCGAGACAAACUCAACAACUUCCCCAAAGCAAAGAGAGACCUUGGACCUUUGCUAGAUGCCUUGGGCCAGCCAUUGACUCAGAUUGUUGGAGGCGUUGGUCUUCUUUUGGCCGGUGUCCUUAACCUCGUUGGAAAUCUUCUCAAGGGUCUUGGCCUCGACGGUUUAUUGCGAGGAAUUGUCGCUGCCACUGGCCUUGACAAAAUAUACAAGGGACUUGGUCUAGGAAACUGGCUUAGCAUGGGAAGCAAAAAUUAG